CAGACAAAAUGGCGAAGGGUAACGUUGAGUUGCUCGACGUGCCGACAGAGGAAUCUGAUCUGAUGAAGAUUACUCCAUUGGGUUCUGGACAGGAGGUUGGCCGGUCCUGUCAUAUUGUUCAGUUUAAGGAUAAGAAGAUAAUGUUGGAUUGUGGAAUUCAUCCUGGUUUAUCAGGGAUGGAUGCUCUUCCCUUCGUUGAUAUGAUUGAGGCAGAUCAGGUUGACCUGCUUCUUAUAUCUCAUUUUCACCUGGAUCACGCCGGUGCACUUCCCUGGUUUCUCCAGAAGACGACAUUUAGAGGAAAGUGCUUUAUGACGCAUGCAACAAAGGCCAUCUUCUUCUGGUUGUUGUCGGACUACAUUAAAGUGUCUAAUAUCUCGACAGACCAGAUGUUGUAUACCGAGGCAGACCUCGAGGCUUCCAUGGACAAGAUUCAGACAAUUAACUUCCAUGAGGAGAAGGAGGUUAAUGGAAUUAAGUUUUGGUGUUACAAUGCCGGCCAUGUUUUGGGAGCAGCUAUGUUCAUGUUAGAGAUUGCAGGAGUUAAAAUCCUAUAUACAGGAGAUUUCUCAAGAGAAGAAGAUCGACAUUUAAUGUCAGCUGAGAUUCCAUCCAUUCGGCCUGAUGUUCUUAUAGUGGAGAGUACGUACGGAACCCAUAUUCAUGAGAAGCGUGAGGAUCGAGAGAAUAGGUUUACACAAACUGUUGCAGACACUGUUCAAAGAGGAGGACGGUGUCUGAUUCCUGUAUUUGCUCUGGGACGAGCUCAGGAGCUUCUCCUCAUCCUAGACGAAUAUUGGGCUGCUCACCCUGAGCUACAUGAUAUACCAAUCUACUACGCCUCUUCACUAGCCAAGAAAUGUAUGGCUGUAUACCAGACUUUUAUCAACUCUAUGAAUGAGAAGAUCAGACGACAGAUUGCUGUCAACAAUCCAUUUGUUUUCAAACAUAUCUCAAAUCUGAAAGGGAUUGAUCAUUUUGAUGAUAUUGGUCCAUGUGUUAUCCUCGCUAGUCCUGGCAUGAUGCAGAGUGGACUCUCAAGAGAGCUGUUUGAAUCAUGGUGCACUGAUAAGAAGAAUGGAUGUAUAGUUGCUGGAUACUGUGUUGAGGGAACUCUGGCUAAGCAGAUAUUGGCUGAACCUGAAGAAAUCACAGCAAUGAACGGUCAACGUUUACCACUGAGAAUGCAGGUUGAUUAUAUUUCCUUCUCAGCUCACACGGAUUAUAAACAAACCUCAGGAUUCAUCAGACAACUUAAACCUCCACACGUUGUAUUAGUACAUGGAGAAGCUAAUGAGAUGAGCAGGCUGAAGGCUGCACUGGUCAGGGAGUACGAGGCAGAUCCUACACACAACAUAGAGAUUCAUAAUCCUAGGAAUACGGUGAGCGUAGAGCUGUAUUUCCGUGGAGAGAAGAUGGCUAAGGUGAUGGGAUCUUUAGCUAUGCAGAAACCUCAGGAGGGUGUUAGGGUGUCAGGUAUACUGGUUAAAAGAAACUUUAACUACCAUAUCUUAUCACCGGCUGAUUUACCAAAAUAUACAGAUCUCACCAUGUCUACUGUGACACAGAGACAAUCAAUUUUCUACAGUGGUAGUCUACCAAUGCUUCAGUAUCUACUGGUACAGCUGACAGGAGAACUAGAAACUGUGGACGGGGAAAAAACUGAAAGAAAACAGAUAUUUCGGGCGUUUGGUUCCAUUGAUAUAAUUGUUGAACCAAAGAUGAUAACCCUGGAAUGGAUCGCCUCGCCAUGUAAUGACAUGUUCGCUGACGCAGUUCUAUCCGCAGUGCUACAGGCUGAGUCUAUGGAGUGUCCUAACUACCUCCCUCCCCCGGCCAAGGUGGAUAAGAUGCACUUCAAGGAGUGUCUCAUUGAACUCUUACAGGAUAUGUUUGGAGAAGAGAGUGUUCCUAAACUUCUUCAUGGAGAUAAAAUAUACGUGUCUGUAGACAACAAGAAAGCAUUUAUAGAUCUUACACAGUUUAAGGUUUCCUGCGAAGAGGAUUCUACAUUUCAACAGAUAGUCCAGACAGCAGUCUCUAAACUAUACCAGUCUCUUGUACCUGCUAAGGGAACCUUGUAGGACACCCUUAUCCUCCUACCUUCAGCAUCAACUAAUCAGUAUAAAGUGCAGAUUCACGAAUUAUAGUUUUAGGUUGAUAAAAGAAACUGAAGAUGCAAUUUCAAGUGACCUGGGUAGCAUGCCUAAUUCAAGCAUGCAACCUGACCCAGGUCGUUUUUUCUAGUACUAACGGCCUGUUAGUACUAGUUAACCAGUUUCUGGUAUUGUUGUGAAUCGGACAUGACACUUAUUAAAUGAAACCCUCACUUCAAUUACGUCAUCAGUCCCUUUAAUUCAUGAAUUGUAGCGCAUGAUUUCUUUAAACCGUUCUUAAUUAUCUUGUAUCUCGGUAACUCUUACGCAGUUAUAAAUCCAAUAAAUGCCAAGGUAAAGGGUGUUGAAAAAAACAACAAGUGUUUGUUUGUUUUUUUAGUUUGUGUAUGUAAGCGGAUAAAGGAUAUAAUCAAAAAUGUUAAAGUUAUCAAAUACUUUAUUCCACCUGUAUGUUUUGCUCCCUAUGCACAAAUGAAUAAAAGAUCAUGCCAGUUA